AAUUCACAUCAUACUCAGUGUGAAUUCUGAACGCUUAGGUCGUUACAAUUUCUUUAAAGCUUUUAAUAAAAAUGCAUAAAAUUUUCAUUCUUGCCGCCUUUGCUGCCAUUUGUGUGGCUGCAAAUGCUGUUAAUAUACCUGAACCCAAAGUUGGAGAAGUCCAGGCGGAAGAGUUUCAUGCACUUGGCGGACCCGAAAAAUUAGAAGGCGAACAAUUGAAGGAAGCCGAAGCAGAGUUAACCAAAUCGUUGACGAAACUAGCUGCCGGAGAGGAAGGCCCACACUACAGCCUGGGUAAAAUCCAUUCUGCAUCUAGAACAGUUGUUGCUGGUCUACGGUACGACAUCAAUGCUGAUCUUGUUGACAAGGAGGGCAAAACUAAAAAUUGCGAUGUCAAAAUUUGGUCGAAGCCUGUGAACGAAGGCAGCGAAGUCACCUUCAAGUGUAAUGAAGAACCUGAGCUUCUUAGACACCACGAUGCCUAACCUUUUUCUUUUGAUAUCUAUCAAAUUGUAGGUGGUUAUAGUUGCCAUAUAUACAAAAGUGUCUAAAUAAAGAACACUAAGAAUAAUUAAGCAGA